ACGUUCUCGUCAUUUAUCAUCUUUGCAGAUUCGCACUUGGAACUAUUUGACCAGCAACGAAGAAAGUGGAAGGAAGAGAAGAGUCGAUUGAUGAAAAGGGUAAAAGAACUCCAAGAAAACUUAGACGAAGUAAUACAAAGUGGAAGAGAAGAGAGAGAUCAAUUAAUGGAAAAGCUAAAAGAACUCCAAGAAAACUUAGACAAAGUGACACAAAGUGGAAGAGAUGAUAGAGAUCAAUUGAUGGAAAAGCUAAAAGACCUCCAAGAAAACUUAGACGAAGUAACUCAAAGUGGGAGUGAAGAGAGGGAUAAAUUAAUGGAAAGCUUAAAAGACCUCCAAGAGGAUUUGGAUGAAGUAACACUGGCUAAGGAAGAUGCUGAACAACAAGUAGUGAAUCUGAAAGCAGAGUCCAAAGUAAAUGAAGAACAUAUGAAAGAACUGAAAGAGCCUUUAUCCACAAUUCAACAAACUCAAGAUGACUACAGACCAAAAGAGUCCUGCGAAUGGGUUAUUUCUCGCGACGAGAUUUUCUUGACAGAUGAGAUGCUUGGGGAAGGUGCGUGGGGAAAUGUUCUCCUGGGAAGAUUCAGAGGCUGCAAGGUGGCUGUGAAACAAGUUCACAGCUUGGUUCUCUCCCCCUCUUCCAGAUCCUCAUUUCUAAGAGAGAUGAAGAUUGCUUCAAGAUGCCGCCACCCUUAUUUGCUGCAGUUCAUUGGGGCAACAAACGAUGAAGGAACUCCUUUGCUUGUCACAGAAUUAAUAGAAACCAGCCUGAGAGCAUUGUUAAAUCUCGAGUAUCAACCUCUCUCUGACUCAGGGAUCUCCAUUAUCUCUUUGGAUGUAGCACUUGCUCUUAAUUACUUGCACCAAACGAAGCCUCUACCCAUUAUCCACCGCGAUCUCAGCAGUGCUAACGUGUUGCUAUGGCGACAUGGUCUGCAAUGGCGGGGCAAAGUGUCAGAUUACGGAACCGCUAACUUCAUGCAACAGACCAUGACUGUUGCCCCUGGUGCUAUGAUAUACAGUGCGCCAGAAGCACUCACUUCAAAUCAUACAAUUAAGGUUGCUUGA